UUGUUCCAGAGAUACUUGAACUCGUCGAAGGGGAGCGCGCCCCUCUGUUCGCACCUACUGCGCAAGUCCAAAUAACCUCAUUCAAUCCACGCCUUGGGUCAUCCACACGCAUUUAUGCAUUGGACUAUUCUCUUUAUUACAUACCCAUUCUGUCCUGACGCACAAAAUUCAAAAUUUAGAAUCAAACAUCACAACUCCAGUGCCAUUUAAAAGUGUUUUAAACUUUAAUAAUGAGUAAGUUACAUGUAGAGAGGUAACAGUAACAUUGGCCUAUUUUCGAAGAAUAUGUGAGAUCUGAACAAAAAGUGCAUAGAGUGUGUAUAAAAUGGUAAUUGACGCACAAGUACAGUCGCCCCCGGACGUGGAUGUGCCUGACGAGAAUGACCGCACAAACCACACGUGCAACAAAGUUAGGAUUGUUAAGACAUUAGACUUGCAGGGAAUUCUUUGGCAAUGCGGCCUAAGAGAGAUCUGCUUGGCUGCUCUUUGGCUUCCACUUGGUGCUUUAAUAUUUUGUUAUGUGACAGCGUCUAUAUUCCAAGCAGAUGAUAUUCAUGAAACUCACUGUAGGGUUUACAACGUAGUACCCUCAAUAAGUGCGAUUACCGGCAUCAGCCCCCAGCGGUACGUGUGGAGAAUAUGCAUAGCCUUCCACCUCGGACCGAGGCUUCUUAUCGGCUCCCUCUAUUAUAACUACCAUAAGCAGCGGAACGCGCAUAUUAUUGAAGAUAAGGUUAGAUUGCAAGCGACGCAAUUAGGAGAAGCCUGCUACUGGCUCAACUUGGUAGAGCUGUGCGCCCUCACCGGAGUCACAUAUGUUUCCAAUAGGGAAAAUUACUUUGUACACGAGAAGAUAUUCAUAGUGUUCAUGAUAGCCGCGCUUCUGCACAUGCUGUGCCGCGCGCGCGUCGGCAGCAUAGCCAGCGACACCGUGGAGUCGCUGCGAACCAACAAGCUUGUGUGGACACUGUUCUACGUGGCCAUAGCGGCCACCGUGGGGCUGAUCGUGUUCUUCCUGAGGCACCGACUACUGUGCAGGCCUUUAGCUUUCACCUAUUUCUCAGUCUGCGAGUACAUCCUGGCAACAGCCAACAUGGCCUUUCACGCGUUAGUGGUGAGGGAUUUGCCUCUUCAUGAGGUACACGUGGUUUGCCCCACAAAUCGGAAAGCGGACUAACAGAACAGUGCACCGCAGAUCCACGUUGGGUGCCAAAUGUUUUGCACCAGAACUCAACUCACCAUGUGUGUUGCUUGUACACUAAGUGUACUCAUAUUAGUAGGUAUGAUAGCACUGUUAUUGUAUGCUGUCAUGCUUGGCGAGGAAAUGCUUGCGUUUACAUGACUGCGCAUGGGAAACUUUAGAGUGUAAUUUUUAUUUAUUUAUGACUGAAUACUUUUGUGAUGCAGUCAGCUUGUAAUGCAGAGAUAUCUCUUCCAAUGUCUCUCUUGUCGGUUUAUAAUAAAGUAGGUUUUUUUUGUACUUACUAUGUAGUUAUGUAGUAAGCCCCAUGUGUACGUAAGUACCUAUAUGUAGGUACAAUAUACUUCAAUUACAAGGUUUACAAAGAUCUCUGCAGAGUACGCAUGAGGUUGUAAAUUUGGCAUUAGGUAUAAUGCGGGAAAAUUUUGAAGCAAAAGAAAUAGUAAUUAAUAUAAUCAUACUAGGUACUUGAGAUUGUUUCACUAUUACACAGCAUAAUGUAACACACUGACUUCUGUGCGGUUCUUUCUAAUGUUAAAAACGAACGAACGAGAAUUUUAGCUUCUCGGUCAAUAGAU